CACAGCAGUAAUGGAUAAGGUUACAGCAAAGCCCUUAUUCUAAUGUUUUCUGACCUACUCCUUUGCAAGACACAGCAGUUUUACCGGGUGAAGUUUGCUGGUUUUAUUUGCAUUUACCACUGCCUGUUCUUUCUGCUUUCUUUCCUGCCUGGGGUGUCAGGAUUGGAAAUUACAUGCUGCUUCAAGGCCUCUUGACACCAAAAGAUAUUUUGCUAAAGGAAGCAGUAACUCAAGGGCUCACAAGAAAUAUCUAGUUGGAAAGGGAAAAGCCUCAUUGUAACUUUUUCAGUAAGGACAGCUGGAAUUAUAUAUUAAUACAACUGAAAACUGAAUCCGAAAGUGACACCUAACGGCACCAUGACUGAGAUAAAUACAGAAGGUCGAGCAUGCACUACCACAACUACUGUAAUUGAUGCAAAGAAUGGAGGCAUCUCAAAAUUAUCAGAGAAAACACCAAAGAAGUCUGUUGCUGAUGAUCUGGCUGCAACAUUUAGCUCUCCAGCUGCAUGGCUGCUUGUUGUGGCUUUAAUUUUUACUUGGUCUGCUGUUGCGAUCGUUAUGUUUGAUUUAGUGGAUUAUAAAAGCUAUGUUGGGGGUAUAGAUGAGCUCAGGUCUGACCCAAUGAAAGUCAUAGAUGAAGUGGUGGAAGAAUCCACUGAUUGGAUUUAUGGUGUCAUGUCCAUAAUCUCUGAUAUGGUAUCACCAGACGAUGAUGAUGAUGAUGAUGAAGGUGACUUGGACCAUCAUUUGAAAAGGAGAGGUGAACCUCCAACCAGGAAAAGAGAUUCUGAGGUGCUGGAUGUCAACAUUAUGAAGAAGGUUGAAGAUAAUAAGAAGGAAGAUGAUAAAGAUGAUUACCUCCAAAAGAAGUCACAGAAAGAGAAGCUGGGGAAUUCUGAAGAAAUUCAUCUUGAUAGUGAUAAGGAUAAUAUGAAUGAGAUCAAAAGGAAGGAAAUAAUACUUCAUCCUAACAAAAGUCAUAAUAAUGAUGGUAGUUACAUAUCUAACAAUGGAAAGUCGGUGCAUAUUGACAAUGAAACUAAAUAUAAUAAAACCAGCAUCCAGUUUUCUGUCCAAGGUGGAAAAAGGCCUAAUAUGAAUGACAGCAUGAAAAAUGAGAAUAGAAGAACUAGAAUAAAAGACUAUGUUGAGGAUAACUUUGAAACAUUGAGAAAUGGCAGAAAAGUGGAAGGUAACGAAUAUCACCAAAGAAAUUACAUCAAAAAUAAUUGUGGUACUGACAAAAAAACUACCUAUUUUACUGAAGAAGAGGAACAGGACAGUAAUUUAAAAAAAUGUUCAAAAUGUAGUCAUAAAAUCGAUAAUAGCAGUCUUGAAAGAUUUGAGGAAAGCCUCACUAAAACAGUUAAAGCCAAUGGAAACAAAUCAUUGAAGAGAAGUUUCAUCUACCAGAAUAACAGUACUCAUCAGAAUAGUGUUCACAAUACCAGUGACGAAAAAACGCAAGUGGAUGUCAAGGAGGAGACAAAGAUCUUAAGACUCAAAGGCAAGAAACUGAAUUAUGAAAAUGGCAAAACAGAGGAAGUUCAAGAUGACUACACUUCAAGCAACUUUCAUGUUGCUAGAAGAACAAAGGAAAUACCUGAAAAAAAAGUGAAGGAUGAAAGAAAGGUUCCAGCAAAAGAGGUGAAAAAAGUGACCAAAGAGGAAGUAAAAGCAAAGAAGACAGCCACACCAGAAAAGAAAGUAGAAAAACCUAAAGCAGAUGUCAAGGCAGUGGAAAAAACAAAGAGCAAAGGCAAAGCAAAGGAGGCUGAAUCGAAAGAUCAUUUACAGUUCUGUCGCUAUGUGGUUCACAUGUAUGCACAUGAGGAUGUUUCUUCAGUAGUUGUGCCAAUGAAGCAGCAAAUUGAAGUCCCCAAAAUGAAGGCAACUACACAAGCUGAAAGACCAGUGGAAAAGAAACCUACUGCUAAGCCAAAAGAAGACAAAGUUAAGGCAGAGAAAACAGAAAUAAAGCAAGCCAAACAAGAAAAAAUAGUGCCAGUAGAGGGUAUGUACAAUUUUUUUACAAUUUACUUAAAUACUUUUGUAAUGCUAUAUCUAUACUGUAUUUAUAUCACAUUUAAAAUUACAUUUAAUUCAUUAACUGAAAACAAAUAUUUUGCAGCUAAACUAUAUAAAACAGAGAAAAAAGAAGUUAAACAUCAACAACAAGAAAAAAAAGAAGCAGCUAAACCAGAAAAGAAAGAAGCAGGAAAAACAGAAAAAAUAGAAAAGAAAGAAGCUAGACAAGAUAAAACAGAAAUGAAAGAAGGUAAAGCAGACAAAAUAGAAAAGAAAGAAGCCAAAUCAGAAAAAAUAGAAAAGAAAGAAGCUAAACAAGAAAAGACAGAAAAGAAAAAAGCUAAACCAGAAAAGAUAGAAAAGAAAGAAGCUAAACCAGAAAAGACAGAAAAGAAAGAAGCCAAACCAGAAAAGAAAGAAGCUAAACCAGAAAAGACAGAAAUGAAAGAAGCUAAACCUGAGAAGACAGAAAAGAAAGAAGCUAAACCAGAAAAGCCAGCCAGAAAAGCAGAAGUUAAACCAGAAAAGGUGGAAAAGAAAGAAGUUAAACCAGACAAAAUACCAAUGAAAGAAGAAAUAAAACCAGAAAAAACAGAAAAGAAAGAUGUUAAACCAGACAAAAUUGAAAAGAAAGAAGUUAAACCAGAAAAAACAGUAAAGAAAGAUGAUGCAGCAGCAAGAACAGAAAAAACAGAAAAGAAAGAAGCUAAACCAGGAAAGGAAGAAGAGAAAUUAGUAAAAGCAGAAGACAAAGCUAGGCUGCACAUACCUCGUUCAGAAGCAAUUAAAGUUCCAGAAGAAAAACCAAAAGUAAUCACUGAAGCUAAAAAGGUGACAACCCCAGAACCUGAUGCCGCUAAAGAAAAAAAAUUUGCAGCAAAAAAAGCACCUGAACCUGAAAAAGAAAAGAUCUCCCCACCAAAGAAAGUUCCUCAGGAAAAAACAGAAGAGAAACCUUCAAGAGUGAAAGAUGCAGAACAUGAAAGAGAGAAACCAAAAUCUCCUACAACCCCUCCAUUGAAAGAUCUACCUACUUCAAAAGAAGAGAAGCAACUCCUGAAGGAUAGACCAUUGAGUGCCCACCAUCCAUCCAUCCAUCCAGCUUUGAAACAUACUUAUCCAGAGCACCAGCCAUCCAAAAUGCUACUCUCCGAUAAGACACAACCACAAAAGACUGAACCUGAAAAACAUGAAAAAAUUACACACACCCCAAAAGCAGAGAAGGUUCUAGUUCCUGAGAAAAAGGCAGCUCCUAAAGAAGGAAAACCAAAAGCAGAAGACUUGACAACAUCAAAGCAAUCGAGCACUAUGCGUUACUUUCAGUGUGUAUUUGUGGAUGGAAAUAAUGGCUACCACGCUGGUUUCCCCUUUCCAAUGCUAAACCCAAAUCCACAGUCACUGAAGAGAGAGACAAGAGCACCGGGACAUUAACACCAAGGAGUCAGAGGGAUUUUUGGAAAUUUGCACUACAAACCUUGUUGUGGGGCUUUCGGUCAUGCUAGAGUGAUCAGAGAUGGAUAUCGGCAUUUUAAACAGUUCUCUGCUGACUGGAGAGAUGGAUGACUGGAAGGAUGAACAGUUUUGGUUUUUUUUUUGCUUUAUUUUCCUUGUCUAGAAGAGUGAACCACCUUCAGUGAUAAGGAUGAUUUAAGUGCUCCAUUCUGAUUAGGAGCCUGGUGCUGUUGCUGCAUUGCUUUUAAAUACGCUUUUCUUUGUGUUUUUUG